AUGCCUUUCACCUGCAGCGACAUUGUCAAGAUCUUCUUUGCCAUCUUUGUGCCCCCCGUUGGUGUCUUCCUCGAGCGAGGCUGCGCGGCCGACUUCUGGAUCAACAUCCUCUUGACCAUCCUCGGCUACAUCCCCGGUAUCAUCCACGCCCUCUACGUCAUCCUCAAAUAUUGA